UUAUUGAUUCCAUGUAAAUAUUAACGGACAACAGAAUAUAUACGUAGCAUUCGUGGAUCGCCAAAGCUGUUCAAAUAGGGAAUCAUGGAUACUAACAGAAGACUGUCCGAUUAUGACGCUCCAAAACGGCCUCGCCGACCGGUUUCGGUUUCGUUCUCAACAACCCCCAUCACCGAAUAUUUUCAGCAAUCAAAGAGGACAUCGCUAUCAUCCACCGGCCCACAACACGAAAUUCCCGCGAAAACCUUCUACAGCCCGCGCAAACUAAUUAAGCACAUAACGGCCGGCAUCGAUAUAGGAUCCAAGUUUAUCUCGGCUGGAUACACUUUACAGUACACGGAUGGUUCAGAAGAGUGCCACAUCUUUGAUCGUUGGCCAGUUUGCAGACACUGCCCGCAAAAUGAUUCCCGAAUGCCGCUAAGCGAGGCUCUACUGGAGAUUCCAUCGGGAAAACUGGUCGCUUUAGGAUAUGAAGCGCACAUUCGAUAUCUCAAUGCCAGCCAAAGGCAGAGAAAAAAGUUAAUGCUGAUCCGAGAUCUAUCGAAAAAUGUGUUUAUGGAGGAUGCCGACAGAAACGUGACUAAUGGAACUACAGCGUUGGACACCAGCUACAUGACCUUUGGAACGGAAGCGCUGCUACAGCUGCAAAAAAUUAUGGUUACGGAAAUGAAUGGCACACUAAAUAAAAAUGCUGAAGAAAAAAUUCUCAUUUCAAACAUCACGUGGAUUAUUACCGCUGACACGGAAUUCCACAAAAAGAAUUUGGAGAAAAUUUUGGCUGCUCUUGACCUGGCCCCAUACAAAAUUAUUCUGCGAUCAAACGCGGUUCUCGCUUAUCUGGCUGGAUCGAAUGUACCGCUACUUUUACCAGCAACAUCGCCACGCAUUUUAACAGCAAUGCCACGUUCGACACACAAAUUUAUUUCGAUGCAUAUCAGUGCAAAGAAGACUACGAUAACCUAUGCUACGGUUGAGGACGGAAUACUUUUCCCGGCAGUACGAAAAACUAUGGAAUACGGCGAGCAAAAGAUUUCCGAUGCGUUGUGCCGCUUAUUACAAACCACAUUCGGCGUGACAAUGAUACAAUCCUAUAAGAAAGAAAACUACGAAGGCUACGUGGAUUUGGUUGGAGGGAUAGAAAAAGCCAAGCAUUUAAUGCGCAUGGACCAUGACCUGGUCGUCCACGUGCCCUUUUCAUUCUGCUCGCAUUUUCAUAAGAAAUCCAAAGCUAAAAUUGCCGACUGCCCAUCGCGUAUGGGAUACAAAUUCAACCCCACCGAUAAUUCCAUCAGCAUCCCGUAUAGCGUAGUCGUUAAACCGUUUAGCGAGUAUAUUGAAAAGGUCAUUGGUUUACUGCACCAGUGUCUACAAGAUCAGCCGCCGGAUCUCAACGCUACCGUUCCCACGUAUGUCACCGGUGUCUUUGCGGAGAAUAUCUUGUUUCUGGAGUUGUUACGCUCUAAAUUAAACGGUUACGACGUGUUGGUACAAUCGGAAGCAAAAUUUGCGCCGCUGUUAGGUGCAUUGGCCGGCCAGUCCAUUAAGAGCGCCAAAAUGCUGCGGAGUUUGUAUACUGUUGGUCUAACGGCGGCGGCACACUGCGACCGCGAGGCACUGCACGUACCGUUGGCGCGAACACCAAGCAGUGAAUCCUACUUUUGCGAUGCCUUUAUUGCGUUUGUCAAAAAAGACCAGUACCUCCCGGGACGGGACUAUGCUGUCAGGAAAAGUUUCUUUGCGGCCACGCCCAACCAGCAAAGUAUUUGGGUGCGGGUGUUUUUUGCACCGGAAGCGGUACAGGUGGGAACGGUGUGUGAGGAUGAUAUGGAAUGUGUAGCCCAGUUGCAUCUCCAGGUGCCGCUGGAGAAACGAGGAGUAACAACCGGGAAAUUGUUUGUAUUUGAGGUGGCUGUGGAAUUUGAAGCAGAGCCGUCCGGUGUACACAUAGUCGUGCAAGAUAUUGAUAAGGUCAUCCUGGGAUCGGCGCGAGUUGUACGACCAGUUGUGCAGUUGGCCUAAUUAUACACAUCGUAGAUGGUUUUCCUCCUGUUGUUUCGUUAUACACAGUAGUUUGUAUGUUUUCGUUGCAGUCUGCUUGUAUCAAAUUGCUAGGUAGUAUUUCUUUGUCAUGCCGUGUCAUACAGCAGUUUGUCAUCCAGUAUACCCAUACCUUAGCACAAUUUUUGUUUUUUAAGAUUUACUAUUUAUUUACCUUUAUUUCGGCUAACAAAACGUUUACCAGGCAAACUGGAGCAAACAGCGAAAAAGCCACUUGCGUAAACCACUACUGCGAUUUUUUGACUUUUUGAACGAAAAAAACGUAACAGGAACAAAAAAUACUGCCCGGUUCGGCGGUCUGAAGAUCAAAACUCAGUUUAAAAUCCGCACCCUUAGCU